GCUGGAUGCUCGACACUAGUUACAGAGCGUCAUGGGUUAAAUCAGAUGCGUAGAUGUGUUGUCACAAAGCAUUUACUUUGUGUCCGCUCAACGAACGUGUUUGGUUGUUGCAGUCGUCCAUGUGCAAAUCUCAGUUUUUCUCUCGAAGCGAUGGACAACUUAAGUUUCCAUGAAGACCACGACGUCUAUCUUCGUCGCUAUGACAACGAGUUCGCACUGCAAGUCCUGGUCGCCAUCUUGUUCCUUGUCGUUUUGAUGUUGACUGGGUUGCUUGGCAACACACUAGUCUUCUACGUGUAUGCGUUCAAAUUUAAACACAGCACAACCCGUUGUUAUAUUUUGGCCCUGGCAGUAUUCGACCUAAUUAGUUGUGUCAUCAGUAUUCCAGUAGAGAUAACGGACAUGCGAUUCAACUACACGUUCGGGCAGUACGGGUUUUGUAAAAUAAUGCGAGUGUUCGUAACGUUCUCAUCCAUGUCGUCAGGGGCCGUGCUCGUAGCAGUAGCGGUGGACAGAUACAAGAAAAUAUGUCGACCCUUUAAAAGACAGACAACUCCGUUUGUAGCUAAAGUCGCAAUAAUGAUCUGUUCACUUGUAUCAUUUAUUUUGUCUUUGCCGGCUGCCAUUCUCUAUGGUUCGAGAACUGUGACGACAGACGAUGUUCUCGUGAAUGGCUCAGACUGCUCUACGGCUGAUGAAUACAUCAAGACUCCGUAUCCUCUAAUCUACAACGGAGUCCAGUUCAUCGUCUUCAUUUCCUCAACGCUGACUCUCGUUGUGCUCUACAGUUUGAUAUGGCGGCAGGUGGUUCGACAACAGACCUUCAGGAGAAGCGUUAGGGCUCAGCAAAACCGUGGAAGAACACUGAAAAUAGUGGUAACGCAGGGAAAUCAAUCAUCCGAGACGAAUAACACCUCUGAUGAUUUUCUGAGUUCAUCAACCGAAGGGGAUGCGAACAAGGCAAUAAAGGAUACCGGCUGUCCUCGACACAGUGGAACGGCAAUGGAACUUACAAUCAAUCCUAAAUUGAAGGAACGUGGAUGUUCAAGUGCUAUGACUCCCAAGUCAACUACACUGUCUGCUGGGACAAAGUCAAAAGGACUAAAGUCUUCCAGCACCAACACAUCGUCACCACGUCAGAAAGGGCAGAAGACAACGUUCAUGCUGUUCCUCAUCACACUGGUGUUUGUGUUGAGUUUUCUCCCCCAUCUAGGGCUGAUGGCGACUAGGGCCGCCAACAAACACGUGUUUGACGACCUCCGUGGAGCUGCGAUGACGGCUUACAAUCUGUUCCUGAGGUCGUACUUCAUUAACAGUGCUUCCAAUCCCAUUGUCUACAGCUUCUGUAAUGAACAUUUCCGACGGGAACUGUACUGCCUUUGGAGAAAAAUGAAGUGUCGAGUCACAACUGGACUAGUGUUGGGCAUCCACAGAGGGCAACCAUCUCCAAUGUCAGGCACAAACACAACCCUCAGCGACCACGACGUGAACGUCCACCUACGUCGUUAUGACGACAUCUACGCCUACAAAUAUCUACCAGCUAUCGUGCUUGUGUCGGUGUUGAUGACAACGGGCAUAAUCGGCAACUCCCUGGUCUGUUGUGUGUAUUUGGUCAAGUUUAAGUCCAGCACUGUCAAAUGUUUCAUUGUGUCCCUCGCGGUCAUUGACCUAAUAAACUGUGUGGUCAGUUGUCCAUUUGACAUCGCAGAUAUGCGAUAUCGCUACACAUUCGGGUCUUACGUCAUCAUGUGUAAAACGAUGCGCGUGUUUGUAACAUUCACGUCAGUGUCUUCAGGCCUAGUUCUCAUACCAGUAGCCGUGGAUAGAUACAAGAAGAUAUGUCGGCCGUUUCAGAAACAGAUGGACAUCCGAACAGCCAAGAUGGCCAUUAGUGCCUGUUGCACAGUCGGGGUUGUGGUGGGGAUUCCUGCAAGUGUAUUUUAUGGACCACGGACCGUUACCACUGACGUUGCCGCCAUUAAUGGAUCGGACUGCAGCACGCCUGAUAUAUAUGUCGGGACACCAUAUCCACUGAUUUACAACGGAUUCAAUUUAACCAUUUUUCUUACAACGACCGUAUCACUGAGUGUAUUGUAUUCGCUUAUAUGGCGUCGGAUAAGAAAACAGCGGAAUUACAGACGGAAGUUGAAGACACAAUCUAGAAAAUGUCAUUCGAGUUCAUGUGUUGAAGCUGAUACUGGGUGUGUGACGAAAUCUCGACAGGAACAUGAAACAGUAUAUCAUGAGGACAAUGCAGCGUUUGUUUGCGAACUGGAGACGUCGACGGAACGUACAUCUGAUGUUCACAAUGAAUGCGCAUCCUCGUGUCCUGCAGACGAUAUAGCCAGCGAAGUGCCAUCUGAAAAAGAAGUUGAGAAUCCUGUUCCAACGACGUCACAACGCUCAAAUAACGCAUCCCCCGAGAGGAGCGAUGCAGCGGUAAAGAAAACAACGUUGAUGUUGUUUCUGAUAACCUUGGCAUUCGUAUUGAGCUUCCUGCCUCAUUUGAGUCUCAUGGCAGCCAGAGCGGUCAACAAGGAAUUCUUUGAUAAAGUUGACACGCCACAGUUUGGUGCUUUCUACUUCUUUUUCAAGUCCUACUUCAUCAACAGUGCAUUCAACCCCAUCAUCUACAGCUUCUGCAACCCACGGUUUCGCCAGGAACUCGUGGCUGUUGUGAAAAGGUUUAGUCGCAUACGACAAGCAUCGUAGUUUUAUUGUCAUAUGUUGCAUUUAUAUGUGCUGACCUCCACCGGUUUAAAACCUGUCUUCACCAAUCUGAGCUAGUGGCAAGAAGGUACCAAAUAGAUCAGAUGCCAGGACUCUGCGACUUGGUCGAUACCGUGUCUUCCUGCCACGGCGUGGAUCGGUGCUCAUAACAUCAACCACUGAUUGUCUCGACUCCAUUCUCACCGACCUGACAGUGCGUUAAACAACAACAACAAAAAAAACAACUGGAAAUGAUAACCACAAAACGUUUUCAUAAUGUUGCAUUUUUACCACAUUUGAUGUUUUCUAUUUUGAACAAUUUACCUGCACGCAAUAAUCGUUUAUGUUUUUCGUGUUGCAUAUAUACUUUAUUUGUUGGACAAUUAAGAUGCAAAUGAUCAACACUAUAUAUUGUAGCAUUUCAUUUCAUAUGUCUUAUAAUAUAUGAUGAACUUAUCUUUUGGGAACAGUUUAUGAUAAAAUAUGGUUAUAACGAACUAAGAAAAACACUCACUUUCGUUCGUUACAAGCGUAGUUCGUCAUACGCAUAUUUCGAAUGGUAUAUAUGUUACAGUCAAUCUGUCAUUUGGUCAAAUGCCUGAAACAAUCAGUCAUUUGGUCAAAUGACUGGUUUGACGGAUUGACUGUGACAUAUACACCACGUGGCCUGGUCCAAACACGUAGUUCGUUAUAUCAGCCGGUUCGUUAUAAGUGUAGUAUACUGUAGUUCGAAAUACACAAAUAUCUGUAUAGAAUGGAAUCCUAGAAGGGACAUUGUCGCGAUGUCGCACUGUCGCACUUAGGUUAAUUUUGACACUUUUUGCUUGUUUUUGCAAGGGCGAUAAUGCGACAAUGUCCCUUUCAGGAUUCCAUAGUAUAGCGAAUAACCUCAUGCGUUGUGUUAACAUUAGUUAAUCCCGAAGCUCAUCCCAUUUUUUCCUGCUUACAAUGACCUAAUUUGAAGGUAUUCCUUGGCAGCUAGGUUAUUUGUAAACAAUUGUGUCAGACUGCAACCAGGAUGCAAAACGUCACGUCAUGUGGUAACAUGCUAUUUCAUGCCCUUAGUGUCACAGGGGCGUGUCACGCUUAGAAACAGCGCUAGAAAGACAUAUAGGUAUAUAGACCCAACCCUGGUCCUUUUAUAUAGUACAAGGAUAGGGUCUAUAUACCUAUAUGUCUUUCUAACGCUGUUUCUGAACGUGACACGCCCCUGUCCUUUGUGUGUAAUAGUUUGUAGUUCUUACAUGAUGAAUAGCAUUAUGCUGCCGAAUACAAUAUACAACAUAGGAAUGAAGAGCCUAAAUUAUCGAUUAUGUGUCAGUUUUGUAAAGGAAGUCAAUUGGAAUUAGAAGGUGUGUCCGGAUUCAAUGAUCGCUGGCUCGCCCUUAGGGACCGUUCAUAAUUUAUGGCUAGGGGUGUGUGUGUGAUGAUUUUUAUGGAGAAGCAUGUACAAUGUGAAUGACACCCACCCUAAAAUUUAUAUACAAAAUAAGUGACCCCCUGCAUGUCAUGUACAAGAUCAAUCACCUUCCCCUAUUCAGGCAUAAUUUUAAACAUAUUUUUAUGUACCAAAUUGCUGAAACCCCCUAGCUCCCCAGAACAAAAUGGGUGACCGCCCACUAAAAUCAUAUCAACCCCCCACCCCCCGACCCCUAUAAAUUAUGAACGGCCCCUUAUAAUGAUUUUAACCAUACCAGUGGAUGUGGGUUCUGUCACAAUUAGAAAUGUGCAAGUCAUGCAUCGCUUCCGGUCUGUCUUCCACACAACGCUGACGCGUCAUGAUAUAAAGCAAAUAGGCUUGUAGGUUAGACUGCACCAAAUCAGAUUCCGUAGUUAAGAACCACUUUUCAGUGCAGGCAGAAUCAUCUCACAGAUGUGAUUGUACAUCCAUCCAGUAAUUAAAACUUACCAUGUUUUUCAA